AUGCCUGAUGAUAGGUGUCCGCAGUUUGAGAUCCCAGAACCUCUUCUUAUUCCUGUAGGAAUUAAAACCCCCAUCCAAUUUCAGGGCAAAAAUCUGGAUAAAUAUUUGGGAAGUACCUUUCAGAUUGGCACUGAGCUCAUGAAACAGGUUGGCGAGGUGACUGUGGUGGCUGAUGAGUCAAAGUACAGAUUUGAGGGAUAUAAGUUUGAAUAUGACAAAGAGCCAGAGGUGAAUGUGACAUUCUACAUAGAGGAUAAAAGCAUGGACCGGAAGAUUGACAGCACCCUCAGAGUGGUGCUCUACAACUGCUCUGUUAGACGUGAGGACUGCAGUUUGUGUAAGAACGCUGAUCAGAAGUAUAACUGCGUGUGGUGCGGCACAACAAAAUCCUGCAUCCACAGAGACCUGUGCACACAGGAGGAGGGUCAGUGUCCUCCUCCAACGAUCACUGACGUUGUUCCUCAGGAAGGGCCGAUAAAGGGACAGAUAUCUGGCACAACAAAAGGCAGUAACUCGGGCAUCAAGCGGGGCAUCAUUAAGAGAAUCACUGCAGGUGAAGUGCCUUGUUCUCAUUCGCCAAAAAGAUACUCAUUCUCUAGAUACUGCAUGAGAUUUUAA